AUGUCCCGCAUCACCCUCCCCCGCCGCAUCCUCAAAACCCUCCUCGCAAAGCAGCAGUCCGAAGGCGCAGGCGCCACAGUCCGCCGCUCCAUCGGCACCCCCUCCCUCCGCUCCCUCAACCCCUUCCUCAUGCUCGACCACUUCUCCGUCUCCCCCGGCGCCGGCUUCCCAGACCACCCCCACCGCGGCCAAGAAACAAUAACCUACCUCCUCACCGGCGGCAUGGACCACGAAGACUUCGCCGGCAACCGCGGCACCCUCAACCCGGGCGACCUCCAGUUCAUGACCGCCGGCAAAGGCAUCAUGCACGCCGAGAUGCCCCGCCAAAACCCCGACGGUUCCCCCAACAUCGGCUUGCAGCUCUGGGUUGACCUCCCCAAGGAACUAAAAUACUGUGAGCCACGGUAUCGGGAUCUCAAAGCGGAGGAGAUACCCACCGUCAUCACCGAAGACGGCAAAGUCAAGAUCAAGGUUAUUUCCGGCAAGUCGUACGGUGUCGAGUCCCUCAAAGAUCUAGCGUACACACCCGUGGUGUUCUAUGACGUGGAGGUCCAACCGGGGGGGAAGAUCGAGCAGGAGGUUCCCCAGGGGUGGCAAGGGUUCGCUUAUAUUCUCGAGGGGGCAGACGUCACUUUCAGUGACGGGCAGCAAGAAGAGAAGAAAGUCUCACAGUGGCACAACGUCGUUUUUGGCAACGGAAAAGAAGAGGAUGGGGUUGUUGCACGGGUGGAGGAGACCGAGACAAAACCGGGGAGGUUCGUCCUGGUUGCCGGGCAGAUGAUGGAUCAGCCUGUUGUGCAGUAUGGUCCUUUUGUGCUCAACAGCCAGGAGGAGGUCUACCAGGCGUUUGUCGACUACCAGAGCCACACCAACGGGUUCGAGAGGGCAAAGGGGUGGAGGAGUGAGAUUGGGAAGAGUAUGGUUCAUUAG